AUGGAUCAUUUUACAGACACGGAGUCGAGCUCGGCGCCGCCUCUCAAGAGAAAGCGUGUGGUGACAGCAUGCUUGGAGUGUUAUAGACGAAAGCAGAAGUGCGACAGAGAGAAGCCAUGCCAAAACUGUAUAGGGUCCAGUCCNACUGCUCUGCAAUCUGGACAGCAAAGAUCUGUUUCGGCCGAAGACAAUAUUCUCCUUUCGGGAUCAGCCCCAAAUGAUACUGCACUUUCCUCUUUCUAUGAUGUUCAUGCUUUCACAGAUUUGAAGAAGUUGCUCGAAGACGAUGAAGUUUUUCAAGUGUCCAAAUCUGCUCGAAUCCCCCUUGAUCAGAGUAAGCUCUGCUCGAAGUUCUGGGUGCUUGCUGCUCAGCUGCCGGACCCUCAAAUCUUGACAAGGGCAUUCAAGUACUACUUUGAUGAGGUACACUGGCGCUACAAUGUCGGCCAGAAAUACUACAUGUACAAGCAGCUCGAGGAGUGGACGGCUGUGGUACGUACGCCUGCUUCGCAACGGACUGGCAUUAACAAGGAUUCGCCAUAUUUCGUGGCCUUCUCGUUCGAGCUUCUUGCUGUCACACUCCAAUACAUGCAACCUGAUAGAGAGAUAGCUCGCCUGCUACGUGCAAACGACAGUAGAUCGUCAGUAAUCAUGUCCCAGAAGUACCAUGGUAUAGCAUCGGAACUCAUGCAGCUACUUGGUCGGCACAAUGGCACGAUUACUGUCGUCGACUACGAUCUGCUCAGAGCGAGCUGGCUCAAGAACAACGGUCGUGGAAUCGAAAGUUGGUACGCCAUCAGUGAUGGAGUCAGACAAGCUCAACAAUUGAACCUUCACCGUGAGCCACGGCCUCUUGGGAAAAGUAAUGACUCUUCGAAGACUCUCGAGCAGUUCUGGCUCCAAGAAUACGGAAGACGAGUCUGGAUCAAUCUGUUCUGCUGGGACUCGGGGACAGCAAUGAAUCUGGGCCGCCCGCGCAUGAUCAAUGCGAAAGAUUGUGACAUUAUCCUGCCAAUGGAUCAAUCAUUUCCAAACAAUCCUUCUCUGAUCGUACCCAUCCCAAAGGAUGAGCACACGCCUUCUCCUCUGUCUUUACUCCUUGUUCGCUACAGUAUUGCUGGCAAGAUCCAUGAGAUUCGCGAGCACGGCUUAGACAAGCAGGACGCAGGUUAUAGCUCAGUAUGGACUUUGCAUAAUGAGUUCAACAACCUACUGGACAGCCUGCCUCCUUAUCUCAAUCCGAUCCAUCCUGACACCUAUUUGGAUUCCAGUCACCCCUACCUCCCGCUACACAGAGAAGAAGCAUUGAGUCUCCUGAACCUGGUCAUCAUGGAACUACAUCGUCCUUUCAUCGCAAUACACCCGAAGAGUCGAGAGGCCGCUUUGGAAGCUGCUGCUGGCUCCAUUGAUAACCAGAAAGCUUUGAUGAAGCUCUCGGGUCGACAUCACUACGUCUACUUUGGUUUCGGCUUUUAUACGACCAACGCAGCAAUCAUGCUCGCAGCAAUUGCUCUGAUUUACCCAGACGAGAGCCAAAUCAAGACUAUUGAAUCGAAAGUACAGCAGGCUCUGUCAAUCCUAGUCAACAUCCAAAGUGCCAAUAUAGUUGCGCGAGCAGCGAUGCCUGUCAUACAACGGCUUUACGAUAGAAUUCGACUCUCUUCUCAGAUUGACUCCUCCGAAUCUACUAGACUGAACAGUCCUGGAUCAGUACCAAGCCAAGAUAGUGGCUAUAUACCCAUGGCGACCUCUUUGAUGGAUCCCGCUCCUGCUGAACCUGCCGGCACCGAAUUCAUGCUCGAGAACGCAGGGGAUCUAGCACUGCAAGACUUCACCGCAUUACCUGAUUGGAACAACAUGUCUCACGUCAAUGAUUUCGAUGCUGCUUUCUGGCUUGAUCAGCUCAACAAAAUGCCGGACAACAUGCCAUUGAAUGGUGUUUUCGGGCAAGGUAUGAUGUGGUAG